GUGAGACCCAAGGCUGGCAGGGAAGAGGCGUGACCAAGAUUCGCGAAGUGUUGAAGUUCUUUGCUGUAGUAUUUGUGGGCACGUCCAGGCUAACAGUUGAAGUUCCUUGACUAACACCUUAUUCCUGCCUCCGGGAAUAAAGGGGAAACCGAGUCCUGAAUGGACUUGGCCAUCUCCAGCAGCUCGCGUGACAUUCGCAGCCGUGGCAGGUAAAAUGAAUGCCGGAUCCAAUCGCUGAAGCAAUAGCUACACUGUCUUUUGUCUUUUAUACUGCAUCAACAAUGAAGCAAUGAUAACUGAGAACCGAAGAACAUUUGCCAGCUGUUAUCACAAUUUCAAGUGACUGUAUAAGCAGAAACAAGCUGUCCACUAGUAUAAAGAGAAUGCCUUUUUCUGAUGCUGUUUAUUUAAAAGCAGUUUUAGUAUAGUGCAUUGAAAUUAUAUGUAUAUCAAAUGAACUAAAAAUGAGUGAAGCCCCCAGAUUCUUUGUUGGGCCUGAAGAUACAGAAAUAAACCCUGGAAAUUAUCGGCAUUUCUUCCACCACGCAGAUGAAGAGGAGGAGGAGGAGGAGGAGUCUCCACCAGAAAGGCAGAUCGUGGUUGGAAUAUGUUCCAUGGCAAAGAAAUCCAAAUCCAAACCAAUGAAGGAAAUUCUUGAACGGAUCUCCUUAUUUAAAUACAUCACAGUAGUAGUUUUUGAAGAGGACGUUAUUUUGAAUGAACCAGUGGAAAACUGGCCUUUAUGUGAUUGUCUUAUUUCUUUCCAUUCUAAAGGAUUUCCACUGGACAAAGCAGUUGCCUAUGCAAAACUCAGGAAUCCAUUUGUAAUCAAUGACUUGAAUAUGCAGUAUCUCAUACAAGAUAGGAGAGAAGUAUACAGUAUCCUUCAAGCUGAAGGUAUUUUACUUCCUCGUUAUGCAAUUUUGAACCGUGACCCAAAUAAUCCCAAAGAAUGCAAUCUGAUUGAAGGGGAAGAUCAUGUAGAAGUAAAUGGGGAAAUUUUCCAAAAGCCAUUUGUAGAAAAGCCAGUCAGUGCAGAAGAUCACAACGUUUACAUUUAUUAUCCAACAUCUGCUGGUGGUGGAAGUCAAAGACUUUUUCGAAAGAUUGGCAGUAGGAGUAGUGUUUAUUCCCCAGAAAGCAAUGUACGAAAAACAGGCUCAUACAUAUAUGAAGAGUUUAUGCCUACAGAUGGUACUGAUGUAAAGGUUUAUACAGUGGGUCCAGAUUAUGCCCAUGCUGAAGCUCGAAAAUCUCCAGCACUUGAUGGCAAAGUGGAGCGAGAUAGUGAAGGAAAAGAAGUAAGAUACCCUGUUAUUCUCAAUGCACGAGAGAAAUUAAUUGCUUGGAAAGUCUGCCUUGCAUUUAAGCAAACAGUUUGUGGCUUUGAUUUAUUACGGGCCAAUGGACAAUCCUAUGUCUGUGAUGUUAAUGGCUUCAGUUUUGUGAAAAAUUCCAUGAAGUAUUAUGAUGAUUGUGCAAAAAUACUUGGCAAUACUGUAAUGCGAGAGCUUGCCCCACAAUUUCAUAUCCCCUGGUCAAUACCCUUAGAAGCUGAAGAUAUACCAAUUGUACCAACGACGUCUGGAACUAUGAUGGAACUUAGAUGUGUCAUAGCUGUUAUACGUCACGGGGAUCGAACACCAAAACAAAAAAUGAAAAUGGAAGUCAGGCAUCAAAAAUUUUUUGAUCUUUUUGAAAAGUGUGAUGGGUAUAAAUCUGGGAAAUUAAAACUCAAAAAGCCAAAACAACUACAGGAAGUGCUAGAUAUUGCACGACAACUUCUUAUGGAGCUGGGGCAAAAUAAUGAUUCUGAAAUUGAAGAAAACAAGCCAAAACUUGAACAACUUAAGACUGUACUAGAGAUGUAUGGCCAUUUUUCUGGAAUAAAUCGAAAGGUCCAGUUAACCUAUCUGCCUCAUGGUUGUCCUAAAACAUCUAGCGAAGAGGAAGACAACCGAAGAGAAGAACCAUCCUUACUUCUGGUUCUGAAAUGGGGAGGAGAACUAACACCUGCAGGCAGGGUCCAGGCGGAAGAACUUGGAAGAGCUUUCAGGUGUAUGUAUCCUGGAGGUCAAGGAGAUUAUGCAGGAUUUCCUGGUUGUGGUUUACUUAGGUUACAUAGUACCUAUCGACAUGACCUCAAAAUUUAUGCUUCCGAUGAAGGACGAGUCCAGAUGACUGCAGCUGCUUUUGCAAAGGGGCUAUUAGCUCUAGAAGGAGAGCUUACACCCAUUCUUGUUCAGAUGGUAAAAAGUGCAAAUAUGAAUGGUCUUUUGGAUAGUGAUAGUGACUCUUUGAGCAGUUGUCAGCAGCGUGUGAAAGCAAGACUUCAUGAAAUACUUCAGAAGGAUAGAGAUUUUACUGCUGAAGAUUAUGAAAAGCUUACUCCAUCUGGAAGCAUUUCUCUUAUCAAAUCAAUGCAUUUAAUUAAAAAUCCUGUGAAGACCUGCGACAAAGUUUAUUCUUUGAUACAAAGUUUGACUUCUCAAAUAAGACAUAGAAUGGAGGAACCCAAAUCAUCAGAUAUUCAGCUUUACCAUAGUGAAACAUUAGAGCUUAUGUUGCGUAGAUGGUCCAAGUUGGAGAAAGACUUUAAAACAAAGAAUGGAAGAUAUGAUAUUAGUAAAAUCCCUGACAUAUAUGACUGUAUAAAAUAUGAUGUCCAGCAUAAUGUUUCCUUGAAAUUAGAAAACACAAUGGAAUUAUAUAGGCUUUCAAAGGCAUUAGCAGAUAUUGUUAUCCCUCAGGAAUAUGGUAUAACUAAAGCUGAAAAACUGGAGAUUGCAAAAGGGUACUGCACUCCUCUAGUCAGAAAGAUCCGCUCAGACCUUCAGAGGACACAAGAUGAUGACACUGUAAAUAAACUCCAUCCUGUGUAUUCCAGAGGUGUUCUGUCUCCUGAACGUCAUGUCCGUACCAGAUUAUAUUUCACUAGUGAAAGUCAUGUGCAUUCUCUACUAUCCAUUCUUCGCUAUGGUGCCUUAUGCAAUGAAUCAAAGGAUGAACAGUGGAAACGAGCUAUGGAUUAUUUAAAUGUUGUCAAUGAACUUAAUUACAUGACUCAGAUUGUUAUCAUGCUUUAUGAAGAUCCUAACAAGGAUCUUUCCUCAGAAGAACGCUUUCAUGUUGAAUUGCACUUUAGUCCAGGAGCCAAAGGAUGUGAAGAAGACAAAAAUUUACCAUCUGGCUAUGGAUAUAGGCCAGCUUCAAGAGAGAGUGAAGGCAGGAGAUCUUUUAAAAUUGAUGGUGAUGAUGAGCCACAUGCUUCUAAAAAGGAUGAGACUGAUCGAGCUGUGAUUUUGUUCAAACCUAUGGUGUCAGAGCCAAUUCAUAUACACAGGAAGUCUCCACUUCCCAGAUCUAGAAAGAUGGCUACAAACGAAGAAGAGAGCCCCCUGAGUGUGUCUAGCCCAGAGGGUACUGGUACCUGGCUGCAUUAUACCAGUGGUGUGGGUACUGGGCGUCGAAGACGCAGAUCAGGGGAACAAAUCACUUCUUCCCCUGUCUCCCCCAAAUCAUUGGCUUUCACAUCCAGUAUUUUUGGCUCAUGGCAACAGGUUGUGUCUGAAAAUGCUAAUUACCUGCGAACACCAAGAACUCUUGUGGAGCAGAAGCAGAACCCUACUGUAGGGUCUCACUGUGCGGGCCUGUUUAGCACCUCAGUGCUCGGGGGUUCUUCAAGCGCACCUAACCUACAGGAUUAUGCUCGUACUCAUCGUAAAAAGCUGACCUCUUCUGGCUGCAUAGAUGACGCCACACGCGGUUCUGCUGUUAAAAGGUUUUCUAUCUCAUUUGCUCGACACCCAACCAAUGGCUUUGAAUUGUAUUCCAUGGUGCCAUCUAUUUGUCCCCUAGAAACUCUUCACAAUGCCCUGUCUUUAAAGCAGGUGGAUGAAUUUCUUGCUUCGAUUGCUUCUCCAUCAAGUGAAAUUCCACGGAAGACUCCUGAAAUUUCCUCUACAGCUUCACGUUCUAGUCCAGUAAUGAGAAGAAAAGUAUCUUUAAAUACAUAUACACCUGCAAAGAUCCUCCCAACACCACCAGCUACCUUAAAGAAUACUAAAGCAAGCAGUAAACCAGCUACCAGUGGACCUUCUAAUACAGUUGUUCCUAAUACCUCAUCUCGGAAAAAGAAUAUAACUAGCAAAACAGAAAUGCAUGAACACAAAAAACCCACUGGGAAAAAGAAAUGAAAUAUCAGCAGAAGUUGGAAGUCCUCAUACUUAUAAAAAUCACAUGUUCAAUAGAAAAAGACACAUAAUUAACCCUGACUGAAAAAUGUCAAAGCAAAUAAUUUAUGUUUCUCCUUAUUCAUCUCUGUAUUCAUUUUAAAAUAUGUUAAAUCUAGAGAGUUCUUUGUUUAUAUUCAGUUAAGGAACUAUUGUCAUGGUCUGGGAAUGUUUAAAGUGAUGUUUAUUAGCAUUUUAUAAGUAGCAAAACUUAGUGAUAAAGAUCUAUCAUUCUUAAUACUAUGUUUACCACGUGCCUAUGGUAAAGUAAAGGAAUAUAAAGCCCAGCUAGCCUGUACCAAUGUCACACCAGUAAUGCUGUUUACUAAAGAAUCCAUGAGUCAGCCUCUGUGCACACUUUUGUUUUUACAGGAUUGCAUCUUGGCUGAAAUUUGACGGUCACAAGUACACACUGUGGACUUUCUAAAAGCAUUAUUUCCAAAGAGAUUUCAUGGUCCAUUUGAAUUGGAAACUUUUCCCCUCAAUUGUUACAAUUACAUAUAUGCUGCAAUAUUUAAUAACUGGAGUAUUAGCAUAUAGGUUAUUUUUUCAAUCUGUGCUUUAAAUUUUUUUAUUCUGUUAUUUAAGAUAUUACAUAUACAGCUGGGAUAACUAUACCUUUAUGCACAUAAAUUUGUAUAUUAAUUUGUAGAAUAUAUUUUCUUUAUAUAUUUCCUUACCAUAAGGUGCUUUUGUUCAUCAGGAAAAUUUUGCUUCAUAUAUUGGCCAGAAAGACCUCUUUAGAGUUUCUUUUAAGAAAUAUAGUUGACAGGUUUGUAAAUGUUACACUUAUUUUCAGAUUUAGAUCUAAUGGACUCAGUUCAAAAAUGUAAAUCAUAAUGUAAGAAAACUGUCUGAAUUCUGUAGUUGGCAGGUAUUAUGUAUAGCACCUGUUUUAACCAUUUCUAUUCUUAUCUCUAGUAUAUCAGUUGAUCUCACUAAGAAAGCUUAAAGAUUGAGCAUUUGGAAUAAAUGAUCUUUCCAAAUGAUUCGAUUUUAAAAGGAACUGAGAUCAUUGUGUUGUGAUUUCAUCUGUGAUGUCAAAAAAUAUUAUCCCUGGUGCUUUUUUCCCCCUGAUACAUAGAUAAUUAUAAACCCUUGAAAUGAACUGUAAAAUAUAUAGUACAACCUGAUAAGAAUUCCAUGCAUUGCCAGUCAGAUAAAUUGUUAGAACUUUAGCUUAAAGCUUAUAUUUAGAAAAAUUAUUGAGUUCUCAUAUGUAUACAACUGUUAAAAUUCUUCAAAAAAGACUCUCCCAACCUUAAAUCAUAUAUGAACUAGCUUUUAGAAAAUAAGCAUAUUAUGUGUUGGUUAAAGGUACCAGAUGCAAAAGUCACAAAUACUACAUAAUUAUAUAAAUUCAUAUACUUAUGUGAAUGUAAAUGUAUUAUAUGGAGACAUAUCUUGUAAACAGUUGAAUGUACCUAAGCUUUCUGUAUGUGAGAAUGUGGUUAAUGUGCUCAUUGUGGGAGUAAGAAACUACUUUUAUUUUUUAAGUGGAACUGAAUUAAAAUACUUUAUUUCCAGAAUCAGA